AUGGUCAUGGAUAAUCGCGCGCCGGAGAUGAUUCCGAGCCACCCGUGGCCUCCUGCGACCUUCCAAAUACCCCCACGACAGAGCCAGAGUGAUUUCGACCAUUCUCUUCCACCCCACGCUCCCACGAUGGCACACCGAGCCCCCGGUAUCCAAGGCCAUACUGCGGCCGACCAUGCGGCUGGGACACGGCGGCGGAGCCUUGCGGCAACCACAGUGUCGUCAACACCAACCGGCAGCUCGGCUGCAAGCCCCGAAGGCGAAGAACACUCCAAUAGACUACACCCCGGCGGGAAUGGGAGAUCCUUCAGUCCGGGUCCCUCGACAAGAGCCACGCAAGCCUCUCUUUCGUCCCAAAAGCCGAUCCGCCGCCGGAUGCGCAUGAUAACAUCGUGCCUCGAGUGCCGGCGGCGGAAGCUCAAGUGCGAGAAGAAGCAUCCCUGCCACAACUGCAAGAGGUUCCAGAGGGAAUGUGUGUAUCUGGGGCCCAAUCUCGACGAGGCGAGCCAGCAACGCCUGACCGAGAUCAAGGAGAAGGUCGGGUCUCUGGAGAGACAGCUAGAGAGGGACGUGGCCAAAGGCGCUAGCACACGCCGGAGCGGUAGCCCGACGGACGGCGCCGACCCCUUCAACAGCCAGCGGUUUGUGGCCGACGACGUCGGAGAUGGCCAUGGCGAGCAGGGCGAUUUGCAGAUGACCCCGAUGGUCCACUUGGAUCUGACCUACGACGAUUACUCGGAUGGGAACGGCGCGGACGACCUCAUUGACCUAGGGGUUCGCGUAGGGAAAAUGAGGAUCACGGAGCGUAUUGGCGGGUUCAACCGGCCACGCAUUUCAGAAGAGAUCCAAGCGGGCAUCGCCGAUACCCAGAAUCAGCUGUACGCUUCGCAUAACCCCUUUGGCGGACCCGACGAACCCCACGACGCGUUCGAACUCCCAGAUUUCCUCAAGCCCGGAGAUUCCUACCUUGCCCCGACCAGCGGGUUCUUCUUCGGCCAGUUUACCGAGUCCCCCUCUCUGAUCACGCUGUUGCCUCCCGUCGAGUUGGGCCACCGGCUGAUGCGGCAUUACCUCGACGCUGUCCACCCCAUCGUGCGUUGCGUCCACCGAUUCUCGUUCGAGGCAACCUACGCUUUGUUCUGGGAGGAAGUGCGGCAAAACAUUGAGCCCCGCCCCUCGGUACAAGCGAUUGUGUUUGCGGCCUGGUUCAGCGCUGCGGUCAGCUUGGACGACGGGUUCUGCCAGACUCUUGAUUGCAGCAAGCCCCGGCUGGUGCUGCAGAUGAAGAUUGGUACCGAAACUGCGCUCAGUAAAGCCCGGUUUCUGAGUACCACGCGGUUCGAAACGCUGCAGGCAAUGGUCUGGCAUCAACUGUGCUUCCUCGAUGUCCGCACAUGUGAAGCCCAAGGCCCAAAACCCGCCAUACGCCGCGAGGACUACGAUACCAAGAUGCCGUUAAACUGUGAAGAGGACCGGUUGACACCCCAGUCGGCCGUCUGGCCGGCACCUGCUGAAAGUUGGACGUCCAUGCUGUUGCCCAUUAUACGGUUUGAGAUCAACGAGAUGAUGAGAAACAUUUGGACGGACCGGCGCAAGUUGCUGAUGCGAAAGACCACCCUCACCGCCAUGAUCACCCGGGUGGAAACGUUCCGGAAACGGAUGCUGGAAAAGUACAAUCGAAUGCUGGACGAUCAGGUGCCCAUUCAGAAAUACGCCAAGCUUGUUAUGGAGCUCCUCAUCUACCGGCUUCAUGUCAUGGUGCUGCACCCUUAUCACUCCAACACAGCUGAGUCGUUACCGGAGAAGCUCAAGGGCUUGUUGGUCACCAGUGGCAUCAUGAUUAUAGAGAUUGCCAUCCGGCUGGAGUCCAACCCCAUGUUCCGGUCCUGGGCUUGGUAUCAGGGGGCCUAUCAGCAGUAUCACAUUGCUCUGUUGCUGGCGACCGAGGUGUACUACCGGCCAAACGACCGCGCAGCCGAGCGGAUAUGGCCCUGUCUCGACUGGGUCUUCCAGCUGGAUCCGAACACGCCUAGGGUGCAGAAGAGCCUCCAGAUUCUGACCGAAAUCAUGAGCAAAACAAAUGUCUACAUGAAUCUUCGGAGAGUCCGGGCCCCGACGACGCUCAGCAUGGCGGUUCCCGGAAAACAAGCCGUCAAGGAGUCACCACCACCACCACCGCCCCCUACACCACCAGAUAAUAUCCCACGUCCGGGCCCACAACAGCAUAUCCAACAUGCACCACCGCCCUUUCAGCAGCCACCGGCACCGCUACCUCCAGGAGCGCCUUUCCAUCCGGCAUGCCCGGGCCCCAUUCCCGGUCUCAAGACCGAGCACAUGGCCUGCUCAACGCCUUUGGCCUCCACUGCUCCGUUAAUCCCACACUCACAGUCCCUACCCGGGCCUGUACACAACACCUUUGCUCCUCCUAUUCCACCCCUUCCCCCAUCCUCUUUACCUCUAGGCAUGAUGGUAUCUUCCCCCCAGGGCCAGCACCCCCAUCAACAGCAACACCCCCAACACCAGCCACAGAACCUAGUAUUCCCACCUCAUCCCAUGUUAUUCACUCCCGGCGUGGCUCCAGGCGAAGGAUUCUGGGGUCUUCCAUCUCGCGGUAGUGGUAGCCCCGAGAACAGCAGUGACGGAGGUAGUGUGGUUGGUCAGCCCCAACGGCACGGGAGUUUUGCUGGGCUGCCGUCGUCGUCGGCAUCCUCCGGCAUGAUGAAUGUGAUGCAGGAUUUGGACUGGGUACGUAGGAUCUUUCUUUUUUUACCUCCUCUUUUUGUCUCAAAUCUUCCCCCGUCAUCAUCAUUAUCAUUCCCAAACGACAUAGCAUGGAUGUGUGAGGCUAAUUCUUUCUUGCGGUCUUUCUCUAGGACGCCUUGCAUGAGCUGUUCCCUACGGAUCCGCAGACAGGUCAAUUCAGCUUUGACACAUUUACUGAGGAAGGGAUGGGGCCGGCUGGUGGGACGGCGUGGUGAGGGGGUUUGUAGGAGGCAGGACAGUCAGGGCUUUGCGUGUGUCUUGGGCAACUCGCUUUUACUCAGGGGUUGGUUCUUCUUUGGACGGGGAGGAUAA